AACUAUAUUUAUACGUUGAACUUUUUACAAGCUUUAUUUUGUUGACGGUUUAUUUUUAUAUUGUAGUUUUGAGGUUGUUCCCUAAUGAAAUUGGAAUAAUCGUAUUCGAAUUACCAUCAGGCAGACAGAUUUUUAUGGUGAUUCGGAGUCGUAAAAUCACUAUGCAUCUAGUACAGAAUGAGUCUGAGGUAAAGGUGUAUCAAGCAGCGUUGGCUGGAGCAGCUGCUGGGGCGUUCACCAGAGCCGUCGCGCAACCACUCGACGUCCUCAAAAUCAGGUUUCAACUUCAAAUAGAGCCUUUAGGUAAAGGAUCCAAGUAUAGCUCCAUUUCUCAAGCCGUUGGAUCCAUUGUGAAAGAGGAAGGAGUUUCCACCCUAUGGAGCGGACAUGUACCGGCACAGUUAUUAUCAAUAUCCUACGGCGUGUUACAGUUUUCUGCAUUCGAGACACUCACUGAUUUGUGUCAAAAGACUGAUACACAUUUUUAUGUGAAUAACAAGCCUUGGAUAAAUUUUAGCAAUGGAGCAAUUGCUGCUACAGUGGCUACAGUAGCGUCUUUUCCUUUCGACACAGUCAGAACAAGACUAAUAGCUGAGCAGAAAACCCACAAGGCUUACAAAGGUUUUAUAGAUGCAUUCUCCACUAUGGUCAAGUAUGAAGGUGCUAGCUCACUAUUCAAAGGAUUAAUUCCGACUUUGGGGCAGAUAGCUCCACACGCCGGAGUACAGUUUGCUACAUAUAAAAUACUUACAGAUGGCAUUUUGAAUAAGGUACCAUUCUUCCAAAGAGAAUUAAAUCUUGGCUCCGCAGUAGAAACAACUUUAUUUGCAAAUUUAGUAGCUGGUUCUGUAGCUGGGUUCAUAGCUAAGACUACAAUAUACCCGUUUGAUUUGGUAAAGAAAAGAAUGCAGAUUCAAGGAUUCCAACAGUAUAGACAAGGUUUUGGGAAGCAGAUGUACUGUAAUGGACUUUUAGACUGUGUCAAAUUAACAAUCACAGAAGAGGGGUUCCAGGCCCUUUUCAAAGGUUAUUGGCCAAGCAUGCUGAAAGCUGUCCUAGUUUCAGCACUACAUUUUGCUGUUUAUGAUGAAAUAAAACAUAUCCUCGUAAGAGUACAGAGAUAAGUUAAACUACUGCAAUUUCUAGUCAAAAUUGUAAUUCCUAGUUGUGAGCAAAGGUCAGAUGCCGUUCAAAAGACUAUUUCUUCAUCCUGACAUAUUUUUGAGGAGCUACUUUAUAAAGCAGUUUUGAAUAUUUGAAAUGAAAUAGCUUUUUUAGAAAUUACUGCUUUGAUAAUUUAUAAAUAUUUAUUAAUUUCCUUUUUUAUGUUUGGUUGUUAAUGAUCAGGAAACUGCAAAAAUCCCUGUGAUACUAGUGAUAUUAUAUAGACCUUAAGAUUAAUUUAUUUAGAAUUUGCUUAUAGAAUAAAAAUCUAAAUGAAAAUAUUUGAUUAUUUACU